CAACAUCAUCCCACGAUGAAGGCUCUGCUGCUGCUGCUGCUGCUGCUGUUUGCGGCAGUGCUGAGUGCCUCCCCAGGUUGGACCGAGCAGAGCAACGACAUGCAGCGAGGCUCGGCUGCUCGGAGGUGUUUCUGUCAGGUAACUGGAUACUUGAAUGAUUGUACUUGUGAUGUUGAAACGAUUCAUGAUUUCAACAACAACAAAAUCUUCCCCAAACUAGAAGAACUGCUAAACAGUGACUACUUUAGAUAUUACAAGGUGAAUUUAAAAAAGCCUUGUCCAUUCUGGUCAGACAAAAGCCAUUGUGGGCUGAGGGAUUGUGCUGUCAAAGCUUGCGAACCAGAUGAAGUGCCUGCAGGAAUCAGAUCAGCAAGUUUUAAGUACACUGAAGAAGCAAAUGUUGUUUCCAAGGAUGAACGAGAAUGUGAAAAGACAGAGAAGCUGGGAGCCGUCAACAAUUCUUUGAGUGAAGAAACAAAACAAGCAAUGCUAGACUGGACUAGACAUGAUGACUCUUCAGAUAACUUCUGUGAAGCUGAUGAUGAAUAUUCUCCAGAUGCUGAAUAUGUGGAUUUGCUUCUGAACCCAGAACGCUACACAGGUUAUAAAGGUCCAGAAGCAUGGAAAAUCUGGAAUAGCAUCUAUGAAGAAAACUGUUUUAAGCCAAACUCCAUUAGAAGACCAUUCAACCCAAUGGUACCUGGCAGAGGUGAUGAAGGUAACGGCCCUCUUUCUCAGAACUGGAUGAUUCAGUAUUUCAGACGAACCUUCUAUAAUUGGCUUCAAGGAUUGUGCUUGGAGAAACGAUCGUUCUACCGAACAGUUUCCGGUUUGCAUGCCAGCAUUAACAUACAUCUCAGCUCAAGAUAUCUUUUACGAGACACUUGGUAUGAAAGAAAAUGGGGGCACAAUGCCACAGAAUUUCAGCUGCGGUUUGAUGGAGAAAUGACCAAAGGAGAAGGGCCACGCAGACUCAAGAACCUUUAUUUUUUGUACUUGAUCGAACUGAGGGCUUUAUCUAAGGUGCUGCCCUUUUUUGAACGUUCCAGCAUCCAACUUUAUACCGGCAACAAAGCACUGGAUACAGAAAAUAAAAAGCUUUUACUGGAAAUCCUCCAUUUGGCAAAAUCAUUUCCCUCACACUUCGAUGAGAGUUCCUUGUUUGCUGGGGAAAAAAAGGAAGCUGAAACACUCAAGGAAGAAUUUCGGCUACAUUUCAAAAACAUUUCAAGAAUAAUGGAUUGUGUCGGUUGCUUUAAGUGUAGACUGUGGGGAAAACUUCAGACCCAGGGAUUGGGUACCGCUCUGAGGAUCCUGUUCUCUGAGAAGCAGAUAAACAAAUUACCAGACUCUGGACCAUCGCAAAGAUUUCAACUAACUCGGCAAGAAAUAGUUGCACUUCUUAACGCUUUUGGAAGGAUUUCUAAUAGUAUCCGAGAGCUUCAAAAUUUCAGGGAACUACUGAAUAAUUUAUACUGAUGGGACAAAAUCAUCAGUCUCAGAAAUCAAGUGACUUUUGUGAAAUAUGACAAAGCAAAUUACUGUCAAGAAACUGGGAUCUACAAUUGAGAGUUGUGUUAUAUUUCAGAGCAGCAGCAAUAGGCUAACUGCUUGCAUAUUGUUCAGAGGAAGAAACUGAUUUUGCCAGAUGAUCUGUGAGAUCUGGAAAUUUAAGAAUUACAGUUCAGUUUUUUGGUUUGAAUUUCUACUGCAAAUAAAAAAUUAAGUUACCGUAA